UCCAGUGUGGUGACUCGAACAGGGUUUCGCUCUGAUGUGCGAAGACAAACAGUAUGUCCAUCGAGAAGGAAAAAAGAAGAAAAUUGUUCCAGAGUGUGUACCGUACGACACCAACGACGAGAUGUUUCCUUUUCUUGCUCGGUCUAACUGUUGGAUUUUGCAACGGGGUCCAAACGGAUACGGAGGGAUUCGAACGGGGUUGUAAACUCGAAGGUCUGCAUCCGCUCUUAAUCGUUACUUACAAAAAUAUAACUAUAUCCGUAGAUAAAAUCAGUGUACCGCACGGAGAACGUGUGACCGUAAGGUGCAGAGAACUAGGUAAAUACAAGCUCAUCGGUGAUUCUUUGUUGCAUUGCCGCAAUGCGAGCUGGAAUGGAAAACUACCAUCUUGUGCCCCGACAACGGCGAUUUCGAAUUACACCGGAGAAACAGAAGAUGUGCCACCCACGAUUGUGUUUGGAUUACCAACCGGUUCGGCGGCCGUAGAACCAUCCGGUGCCCUCGCUGUAUUUCCAGGAAGCAUUCUUCACCUCGAAUGUCUUUUUGCUAGGAAACUCGGUAAUCCAGAAUGGACAUGGACCUCGACAUUUCGGCAAUAUUUGACCGGAUGGGCGAUUGCAGCUCGUGAAAGAGACUGGAAAUACCGGCUAUCGAUAUAUUAUGCAAAAGCUCAAGAUUCCGGCGUGUACACGUGUUCCACGCCCCGUGGACUGUCCAACUCGAUUCGUGUUCACGUCGUGGACGUUCAAUGUCCAGUUUUGACUCCACCUGAACCGCCAUUGCUAGGAAAAAUCGAAGGCGCGCGAAUGGGGCACGGAGCAGUAUUCGAGUGUCCUAUCGGGUACAGACUGGAAGGUGCGACUGGUAUAACAUGCCAGUACAAUGGUAAAUGGUCUGCCGAUAUACCGCGUUGCGAAACGAUAAAAUGUCCACCUUUGGACACUGUUGACGAUACAUGGUUACAGCUUCUCGAAUACAACAAUACCUUUGAUGGUAAGGCUGUAUUCGCUUGUAUGUGGGGUCACAAGCUUUUGGGAUCCCAAACCAUAGAAUGCAAAGGGGACGGUUCGUGGAGCGGAGAUAUGCCGAAUUGCGCUGAAAUCACCUGCCCGGGACCAUCGGUACCAAAAAGCGGACGCAUUAUCGAACAAACCCAUCGUCAUCAUAAUUCCGGAAGGAGACAGUAUCGCAAUCGGGUGCACAAAGUUGGUGCACUCGUUAGAUAUGCUUGUUUGCCAGGACACCAACUUUUGGGCGAGGCUUCCAUAAUAUGCACUGAAAAUGGAACGUGGUCACACAUGUCACCAGUUUGCAAAGUAAGAUGCCCUUACCCAGGUGAUCCACCUCAUGGACGAAUCGCACCUCUCAAGUUUUGGUACAAACCUGGCGAUAACAUACAGGUUACCUGUUCACCUGGCUACGUAACACCACUGGAACCUGUUAGGCGACCAACUUGUCGAGAAAACGGUAUAUGGAGUGCACCACCACCCCCUUGCAGGUCAUACAAAGACGUUUAAUUCGAAAAAAGGAGUAUAACACAACGAACGGACUUGACUUGUACGGUGCACCGUUAAUAAUUGUGCAAACUGUAUCAACGUUACAAGACGCGUAAGGCAUGAUUUGUGUGAAUUCAAAUCAAGUAACUAACG